AUGUAUACACACUUUCCUUCAAGCAACAAGCUACUCAUUUCCGCUCUCCUCUUAUCACCCCUCUCCCUAGCAGUUCCUUGUUCAUCAUGUAACGCCACGCCUUCUAUCGUCUCGAACUCGACGAGCCUCCCGUACCUCAAUCCUCAACUCUGCAUACAAGACCGCCUUGAUGACCUCCUCUCUCGCAUGACCCUGGAGGAGAAAGCCGGCCAACUCUUUAUCAAGCAAAUCCCCGCUGGCCUCAACGGCACAAUCGACAAUACCACCACUGUUCUAGACGGCAACAGAAACCUCACCACCGCACCACUGAUAACCGAGAGAUUGCUCUCGCACUUCAACGUCAAUAAUGCGAGAUCAGCGAAGCAAAUGGCAGAAUGGCAUAAUGCAGUCCAACAACUUGCCUUGGGGACUCGCCUCAAGAUCCCCAUCACCAUCACCAGUGAUCCCAGACAUGCGUUUGCCGACACGGUCGGAAGUUCCAUCGCGAGUGGCCAGUUUUCAAAGUUCCCGGAGAGUUUGGGGAUCGCUGCUUUGAGGGAUCCGGUACUUGCUGAACUCUAUGCAACCAUUGUCAGGGAAGAGUACUUGGCCGUGGGUAUCAGGAACGCACUGCAGCCGCAGAUUGACGUAGUAACCGAACCACGCAUGGCUAGAAGCGGCCAAACUUUUGGUGAAGAUGCGAACUUGACUGCGUCGAUGGUGGUUGCUCUGAUCAAAGGGUUUCAAGGCCCGGAAUUCGGAUUGCACUCUGUGACAACAGUGACAAAGCAUUUUCCUGGCGCUGGACCCGCCAGAAACGGCAACGAUUCGCACUUUGCAACGGGCAAGGACAACAUUUAUUUCGGCGAUUUCCUCGACUGCCAUCUGGUUCCAUUCAAAGCGGCCAUCGCGGCUGGAGGACGUCAGAUCAUGCCUUCAUAUGCUCGUCCCAUCGGUACCAGAUACCCAGAAGUCGCUUUUGGGUUUAACAAACCCGUCAUCACCGGCUUACUGAGAGAAGAGCUGGGAUUCGACGGCAUCGUAGUAAGUGACUGGGGCUUGAUCACCGACGCAGCAAUCAUGGGCGUGGUAGAGCCAGCACGCGCGUGGGGAGUCGAAAACACCACCGAGCUCGAACGAGCAAAAAUGGUCCUCGAUGCCGGCGUCGAUCAAUUCGGUGGCGAGAUUUGCACAGAACUGCUCGUUCAACUCGUCAACGAUGGCCAAAUUCCAGAGUCUUGUCUGGAUGUUUCUGUGCGCAAGUUGCUGCGGGAGAAGUUCUUACUCGGUCUCGUCGACAACAGAUUCGUGGACCCAGAAGCUGCGGAUAAAGUGGUUGGAAACGCUUACUUUGCACGUAUCGGCAACGAGACACAGAGACGUGCCUACACGCUUUUGACGAAUCAGACUGAUAUUCUGCCUCUACGCCCAAAUGACGGCGUCAAAUUCUACGCUCAAGACUUCAAUUCUUCUUUCCUCGAAGCUCGCAAUCUGACAGUCGUCGCCUCACCUUCCGAAGCAGACUUUUGUUUCCUUCGCCUCAGCACACCCUGGGAGGCGCGAGGCUCACCUUUCCGCCAGCGAUAUCAUGAAGGCCGUCUCGAUUUCAACGCUACCGAAAAGGCCGCUCAUUCUGCUCUCUUCAACACUUGCCCCACGAUCGUGGAUAUCCUUUUGGAUCGCCCUGCAGUAAUUCCAGAGAUUGUCGAGGAGGCUGCGGCACUAUUUGGUCACUACGGGGCUAGUGUUGAUGCGUUUUUGGAUGUUGUGUUCAACAAGGAUGGGUGGAAGCCUGAGGGAAAGUUGCCUUUUGACUUGCCUAGGAGUAUGGAGGCUGUGGAGGGGCAGGUUGCUGAUGUGCCUUUCGAUACAGACGACCCUGUGUUUGAGUUUGGGCAUGGAUUAGGUUAUGAUAGAUCUGCUUUGUGUGGAUAG